UUCUAACUAUGCUUGUGCUUCUAUGAUUCUUUCGCAAUCCUCGUUUCUGGUUUUCUUUUUCUCCGGCUAAUCCUAGUUACUCAUCCGCGUAGCUCUCCUAUAUGAAGAAAUUACGAUGUGAAAGUGCGCACGCUCUGUUUUGAGGCAGAUUCUUCAGUCGGGCCUUCUUUCUGGAAGUUCAUCGUGUAUUUCAUGCUGAACGUGUGGGGGCUCACAUUCAGCGUUACUGGGUUGAUACUGAUCUGGGAGUUGAAAGUGUUGGUGAAUAGUACAUAUCGCCCAAUGGCAUCUGCUUCGGAGCUAGUCAACACUCUAGUAAUCUUGGUGACAAAGCCUUUCUCCCUACUCAAGCAAAUAUGCCUCUUUGGAGUGAAGAUUACCUUGAUUAUCCUUCACACCUGGAUGGAGCUAAUAAUGGCUGCAAUCUCAUUGCAUGUGAACCUAUGUUGGAAAGUGAUUCUAUGGAUGGUUGCUCUUGCAACUCUUCCAUUCCGAAUUUUGACUUCUGUUCAGAGGGAAAGGCAGCUGGAAGUAAAUUUACUAGCAAUGCAGUUGGAGUUGGAAAAUCUUGUGUGGGAGAGGAGAGGACUUGAGGAGCAUUACCGUAAAGCAGUCAAAGAACGGGAAGUGUUGGAAUUCAUUUUAUCUGAACUUGAAGACGAGCAUGAGAAGACCAUGGCAAGACUUGAAGUGUUAGAGGAGGAGCUUCCACGUCUGAAAACUGAAAAUCUUCAGCUAAAGGAAAUACAGGGCCAGGAACUUUGGAACUUUAGAGUUCAGGCGGAAUCUGGAAAUGGCCUAAAUGGCAGCAGAGGUGACCACCACGAUGUUCCUCGCGGUAGCCCGCCAUCAAAAUUCAGCUACAAUGGAAGCAGUGCGUUCUCUUCGCGAGCUUUUGAUGCACCAAGAUUCAUGGGAAGGGGACAGGAAAAGUAUAGACUCGCUGCUCAACUUACUAAGCAGCACGAGUCCUGGCUGCUUUAUUCGCCUGAUAUGGAAAUGAGCAGGGCUCUCGCCCAGCAGAGGGAAGUUGCGUUGAAGCGGAGUCUCGUCAGUUCAGUGUUAUCUUUAAUGGUCAGCUUGACAAUUUGGGAAGCCGGAGACCUAUGCAUGCCUCUCGUGAUGGCGCUCUUCACUGUCGUUGGCAUGUCACUGGUGAGUGUGGUUCAGCUUUUCUCCACUAUAAGAAACAAACCUGCUUCUGAUGCAGUUGCUCUCUUGAGCUUGAACUGGUUCAUGCUGGGCACGCUUUCUUAUCCGACUCUUCCAAGGGUUGCUCGGAUUUUAGUCCCUGCAACCGUGAGCAUGUUGGACUGGACAAUAAGGUGGCUUGGUGCUUCUUCCGAAUAGCUAAAGUAUGUGUUUUAAGAGUAUUUUUUGCAUGUUGUAGAAACUCUACUUUUUUGUUCCAGUUUGCUUCGCUUGAUAGUCGCUUCUGGUAACGAUCAUAAAAAAGAAAUAUUAUGCGGUAAAGAAAUAGGUUUUCAGCAUAU